AUGUCCGAGUGUAUCUGCAAUGCAGUCUGCAAGUGUGGCAACAUACGUACAUGCAAUAUGUCCGAGUGUGAUUGCAAUGCAGUCUGCAGUCCGAAUUUGAAGUGCAAGUGUGGCAACAGAGGUACAUGCAAUCUGUCCGAGUGUGACUGCAAUGCAGUCUGCAAGUGUUGCAACAGACUUGCAUGCAAUCUGUCCGAGUGUGAAUGCAAGUGUGGCAACAAAGGUACAUGCAAUCUGUGUGAAUGUGGCUGCAAUGCAGUCUGCAAGUGUGGCAACAGAGGUACAUGCAAUCUAUCCAAGUGUGACUGCAAUGCAGUCUGCAAGCAUGGCAACAGCUGUACAUGCAAUCAGUCCGAGUUUGACUUCAAUGCAGUCUGCAAGUGUGGCAACAGAGGUACAUGUAAUCUAUCCGAGUGUGACUGCAAUACAGUCUGCAAGUGUGGCAACACAGGUACAUGCAAUCUGUGCGAAUGUGGCUGCAAUGCAGUCUGCAAAUGUGGCAACAGAGGUACAUGCAAUCUGUGCGAAUGUGGCUGCAAUGCAGUCUGCAAGUGUGGCAACAGAGGUACAUGCAAUCUGUCCGAGUAUGACUGCAAUGCAGUCUGCAAGUGUGGCCACAUAAGUGCAUGA